UUCUCUUUUCCUACGUCUGCUGGUCAGGUGACUGGUGCUGGGGCAGCUGGACAGUCAGCUUCAUCUAGCACAUUCUCAUAAAGCAUUAACACCAGACAGACAGAGAGAGAGCAGAUACCAGUGAAUCAGCGGAUAAAGGCGGACGGACUGCGCAUUGGACGUGCGGCCAUAAGGAGUCAUGGGCGACCGUGCGGCGCUUCUGCUGUUCAUAGUCGCGACUUCGUCGCUUGCUGCCGAGGUACCGUCAGAUGAUUCAGUGGGCUUGCUGGCGGAGCCUCAGGUGGCCAUGUUCUGCGGGAAACUCAACAUGCACAUCAACGUCCAGAGCGGCAAGUGGGAGCCUGAUCCUUCUGGCACUAAAAGCUGCAUCGGCACCAAGGAGGGAAUUCUGCAGUACUGCCAGGAGGUUUACCCUGAUCUGCAGAUUACUAAUGUAGUGGAAGCCAACCAGCCUGUCACUAUCGAGAACUGGUGCAAGAAAGGCAGACGUCAGUGCCGCAGCCAUGUACACAUUGUGGUGCCCUACCGAUGCCUGGUUGGGGAGUUUGUGAGCGAUGCUCUUCUGGUUCCUGAUAAGUGUAAGUUCCUGCACCAGGAGCGGAUGGAUAUGUGUGAGAGCCACCUGCACUGGCACACUGUGGCCAAAGAGUCUUGUGGCGAUCAGUUCAUGAAUCUUCAUGACUUUGGGAUGCUCUUGCCGUGUGGUAUUGAUCGUUUCCGUGGCGUGGAGUUUGUGUGCUGCCCGGUGGAGGAGCAGAGGGACUCUGAUGCUGAGGAGCAGGAGGAGGCCAACUCAGACGUGUGGUGGGGAGGUGCUGAGACUGAGUACAGUGACAGACAAGCCCCUUUAGAACAGCAGGCGCAGGAGCCCGCCACCACAGAGGACGAUGAGGACACGGAUGAUGAUGAAGAAGAAGCCUGGGAUAAUGAUGAGGAUGGUGAUGGUGUGGAAGAUGUUGAUGAGGAAGACGAUGAGGAUGAAGACGCCACAGAUGAACGCGAUACCAGUGAGCAAGCCUCAAAUGUUGCUAUGACAACCACCACCACUACAACCACUGAGUCCAUAGAAGAGGUUGUACGAGCCGUGUGCUGGGCCCCAGCGCGGAGGGGCCCAUGCCGCGCCAAGCUGCCCCGCUGGUACUUUGUGGCGGAGAUGGGCCACUGCGCUCCCUUCACCUUCGGGGGCUGCGGGGGCAACCGCAAUAACUUUGAGUCGGAGGAGUACUGCAUGGCUGUGUGCAGCAGCAGCGUGCUGCCCACUAUGGCCCCCAGUCCUCCAGACGCUGUGGGCCGCUACCUGGAGGCUCCUGGAGACAUUAACGAACACGCUCACUUCCAGCAGGCCAAAGAACGUCUGGAGGCCAAACACAGGGAGAGGAUGUCUGUGGUGAUGAGGGAAUGGGAGGAGGCAGAGAGGCAGGCGAAGAGUCUUCCUCGUGCUGAUAAGAAGGCUGUUAUUCAGCAUUUCCAGGAAAAGGUAGAGGCACUGGAGCAGGAGGCUGCCAGUGAAAGACAGCAGCUGGUGGAGACUCACAUUGCUCGAGUAGAGGCUCUCCUCAAUGACCGUCGCCGCCUGGCACUUGACAGCUACCUAACUGCCCUGCAGGCUGAUCAACCCCGGCCUCGUCAGGUGCUCAGCCUGUUUAAGAAGUAUGUGCGUGCUGAGCAGAAAGACAGGCAGCAUACCCUCAAACACUUUGAGCAUGUGCGUAUGGUGGACCCCAAGAAAGCUGCUCAGAUCCGACCCCAGAUGCUGACCCACUUGCGAGUGAUUGAGGAGCGUCUGAAUGAAAGUCUGAGCUAUCUUUACAAGGUUCCCCGAGUGGCCAAUGAAAUCCAGGACCAAGUAGUGGUGCUGAUGCAGCGAGUCCAGGCAGAGGCCACGCAGCAGCUGUCUUCUCUGCAGACAGAUAUGAGAGUGAGUUACGGUAAUGAUGCUCUGAUGCUGGACUUGCCGGACAGCACUCCCCCUCUCGACGCUCUGCCUCCAGAGCAGGACGGUCUGGGCUUCAUCCACCCUGAAAGCUUCAAUCAGGCCAACACUGACAACCACGUUGAACCUGUAGAUGCCCGUCCAGCUCCAGACAGGGGACUGCCCACACGACCCGUGUCCGGUCUGAAGCCAGAAGAGAUGCCGGAAGUGAGAAUGGACACUGAAGAGAGGCACAGUGCUGGAUAUGAAGUACAUCACCAGAAACUGGUGUUCUUCGCAGACGAUGUGGGCUCCAAUAAGGGAGCUAUCAUUGGCCUAAUGGUGGGCGGUGUCGUCAUAGCAACCGUCAUUGUCAUCACCCUCAUAAUGCUGAGGAAGAAGCAGUAUACCUCCAUCCACCAUGGAGUCAUAGAGGUUGACGCCGCAGUGACCCCAGAAGAACGUCACCUCUCUAAGAUGCAGCAGAACGGCUAUGAGAAUCCCACCUACAAGUUCUUUGAGCAGAUGCAGAACUAAAGAGCAUCUCCAUCACCCCAUAAUUUCCCCCCUCCCAUUCACCCCACUACAUCAGGACUGAGAACACAGGCUCACCCUUCAUCUACACUAGUGAUGAGCUCUGUUGCCAUGGAGAUGAGAGCGGCUUCACCAUUUCAUCUAAUCACAGAUGAGCGUUCACUUUGUUUUGCACAGCAAAAGCGAUGCAUCGUCUCACAUCCAGCCAUAAGUCAGUCUGUCUGUCUGUCCGGACACUUCCCAGGCUGUUCUCAUGCACCUGUCAAUCAUGUACCAUAAGCCUAACUCAACCUCUAUCUCUCUUUUCUCUAUGGUGUCUAUGACUCACCUCUCUUAGUCAUCCAUCUCUUCUCUCGACUCCGGCCCUGUCCAUGAUCCUUUCUUCUCCUGCCCUUGAUGUCUUUUCUCCCUGUCUCCUCCCUUCAUCAUCCUGUCUUUGUCCCGGGCGUUCAGACGACAGCUGUGCUGGGCUCGAGUUCGAGAGACUCCAACUGCAAAAGACAGCCAGAAUAAUGUACUCAUCAUUGAGCUUUUUCCAUUUCAGGACCAAUCUGUCCUUGCAGGUCUGUUUUUCCAGAAAAAUAUUUUUAAAAAAGCUAUUAAAAAUACAUAUAUAAAUAUAUAUAUAUAUAUACAACUUAAGGAGAUAAUGAAAAAUGAAUGUUUGUUUUUUUUUUUAUUUUGUGUGUAAUAAUGUAUUGAAAUAAGGCAGAAAAUAGCUGUACCUAUUUAGUGCAUGGCAGUUAUGACAGAGAGGUUUCAGAUCCACAAGUGUGCAUCGGCCUCUCUCAUGUAGAAAUUUUAGCAGGAUUGUACAUUUUAGUGUUUUCUUGUGCUCACGUAAUUUUAAAGAAUAGAAUUCCAAAAUCUGUCACAAAAAACAUGCUUUAAAUGAAGUCAGUGCUUUUUUUCUUCUUCUUCUUUUACAUUACGCCACAACACGCACAGACAUAAACAGACACGCGGCUGCAUGGGGCUGAGAAGCUGUAUGUAAUAUGAUAAUGAAGUGUAAUAUAAGCCCAUGUGUUUUGUUGACAUUCUAUGCACUCUGUGUUUUGUCUUUUUUUUCUAUGGGCCUCUCUCUCCGGCCCUGUUCAGUUUCAUUCCGUGUCGGGAGUUGAUAAGAGAAGGAGAAUAGUGUAAUUUUAAUGCUUAAAUAUAUCCACCAUUUUGGAUCGAUGGUUAUUAUUAUUCCAGUUUCCCAUUUGCAUUCAUAUGUGUCUGUGAUAUUCACAAACACUAAAUGGGACGGCACCUUUCUCUUCUUUCCUCAGUUUAUCCUUCACUUGUCUCUCCUAGUGCCAUGCCGGCAGGUGCUCAUUAGGAAGACUGUCGGAGCGAUGGAAAUGGUUUAGGGCGUUAAUUGUGUUAGCAUGAAAAUCUGCCAUGCAGCUUCAUACUGGAAUGAUCUCAUUAGCACUCUCUCGCUCCACAGCUCUGCCUUUCUUUUCACAGUGCUUAGCAUGUGUUUAGAGUCAUUUUACUAGUCUUGUAACCUGCCUUCCAAACUCUGUUAGAAAGCAGAGUGACGGAAGGGGAGUGAAAACUAAGCCAAACAAAAGUGGUACUAGGAGGCCAUCCACAAGACAUAUGACCUUCAGCUGAAGUGAAUGUGACACAUUGUGGAAUUUCACAGCACAUUAAGGACACUGCACUCAUUCCCUCAGCUCAUAGACAAAAGCGCUUAAAUCAGGUGUUGCGGUUAUGCAAGGAUACUCAGAGAUGAGUGUCUGUGGUCAGUAUGGGGCAGUGAAGAAAGAGAAGGCUCUCCACGUUCCUCAAUCUCUCCUUCUUUCUGUGUAUUUUUCCCUGUAUGUAUCUAUCCAGAACAUUUGGCUUAGACUGGGGAAAGGCUUUCUACACUGUAUCCCAUUAAUAAAGUUUUGAAUGUACAUACAA